AUGACGGAGACCGCAUGCACUGACGCCGACACGGAGAACAUUGUCGUCUUCAUUUCGUGCCAGACGCUGCUGUCCGUCGAUGGUGACGCGCGCGCGGGGAACAUCAACCGGUGUGUGCCGGUGGAGGGGCAUUAUGCCGUUGUCGCCCGCCCGUGGGCGCCGCAGGGGGUCUGCGAGGUGCUGUACGACAAGGGAUUCGUGCACUCGCCGGCGGAGCGGCUUUUCCCCGGCACGCACGAAUGCAAAAAGGAGUGGAUUCACCGCCUCAAGAUGUGCCACGGUAUCGCGCCGGGGGAGCCACUGCAGACCGUCAAGCGGCUGGUUGCGUGUGACGAUGUCAGGAAGGCUCGUCGUUACUUUCUGGAGGCAGGUAACAUGGUGACAGAUUCCAUGAUUCUUGUGAGUAAGGAGAAGAACUGUCUGAAAGAACAGCUCGAGGAUAUGCUUGACGUUGUGUGGCGGUUUCGCCGCUCCCACGAAGCCGCUGGGGCAGAACCUACUCUUGUAUUCAUCACACUACGUGAGCGUCUCCAAAUGGUUCGCGCCACCUUGCGCUGGCUGGUCAACGAGGGUGCAGAGCUGGGACGCUACACGGUUGUGGCGAUUGAAGAUUGGAUCCCCUCAGUGGGGGUUUUGUUAGAUAUCGACACCGAUUUGGUGCGGCACCGUCCUUCGAAUAGGUGUUUGGUGCACCCGGCAUCGUACAAUAAUACAUGUGGCCGGCCCCACGAUUGCUGCCGCGCAGAUGUUGCUCUCCUUCGCUUGGUUCAGGAACACCUCGCCGAUUACCUUACUGAGCAGGAUGCAGUUUGUUAA